UCUAUAAGCUUUGCAAGGGCGUCUCUAAACUCUAUUAAGCCUUGGGCCGGAAGGGCUAUGGUCUGACCAGCCUGCAUACCUCCUCCCGGCCCACCUACUCCGUACCCGGGCCCUCGGUUGACGGUCUGUCGGAUCCGCAAGAACCUCCCCCGCUGGUUCUCCUUCAGAUCAAGGUAGUAUUUACGGUUCUCCCGGACCAAGAACUCGCUCUUCAAGGCUCGCCUGGGCCCACCGUCCUCUCCGACCGAGGACUGUGCGAUCUGCUCCGGGCUGCUAGGCCCCAGUUGGGCGUAGUGCUCUAUGAAAUCCCCCAGGUAAUCGCGAAACUCCGCCGCAACUGACAUGGACAGAGUCAGGCGACUUUUGGAGCCCCCGGCCCCCACCUCGGCAAUUUUGAUGAACCUGCCCUUGUUGUUCUGCUUGACAUCCAGGUAGAAGCGCUUGUUCUGGAUGUCCAGGCGCUUGGACGCCAGCUCCUGCGUCUCCUGCUCUCUCUGGAAGGGCUGGUGCCCGCUCCCACCUCCCCCUCCGCGGCUGCUGCCACCGCGCUCGCUCCCACUGUCACCAUCCGCCAUCUUCAGCACCGCCAGCCAGCUUCUCCCGCUUGCAGGAGGAAAAGCUGGAAAGGACAGUGGCAAAGCCAAGGCGAAGGCUGUGUCUCGCUCCCAAAGGGCUGGACUCCAGUUCCCGGUGGGUCGUAUCCACAGACACCUGAAGACCCGAACCACCAGCCACGGCAGAGUGGGAGCCACCGCAGCAGUAUACAGCGCCGCCAUCUUGGAGUACCUCACGGCUGAGGUGAAAAGUUUUUAUGUGUUGGAGUUGGCAGGGAAUGCCUCCAAGGAUCUGAAGGUGAAGCGUAUCACUCCGCGUCACUUACAGUUGGCCAUCCGCGGAGACGAGGAAUUGGACUCACUCAUCAAGGCCACCAUCGCUGGAGGAGGUGUAAUUCCUCACAUCCACAAGUCUCUGAUUGGAAAGAAGGGCCAGCAGAAGACUGCAUAGAGGAAGUGACCUCACACCACCAGGAAUUGUAUUUUAUUUAUUUAACUAGGCAAGUCCAGAAGGAAAGGGGAGCCAUAUUGAUUUUGUUUUGCAUAUUUGUUUGGGUAAUUUUGUAACCGUAGUUGUAGUCUUUGAGGUAUGUGUUGGUUUGUACUGUUUUAAAGGUGAAAGGUGGGGUGUUUAGGGAAGUUUUAAGAUUUUUUUUCUGACAAGAAACUUGUACAUUUUGUACAUAGACCAACAAAUGCUGAAGUUCUUGUCAUGUUCUGAAAAAGUUUGAGUUGAUUGGAUAUAGCUCCAAAAGUGUUUUAUACUUACAAAGUUUAAAAAUCUUUUAAACAACCUGUGUCUGUUAUUUUAGUCAUAAAGUGAUUUCUUAUUUAGCUUUGACCUUGCUUAUCUUCAGAGAUACAGUAGUUCUGAGAUGAUUUCAUUGUAUUCCAUGGAGACAGAAGGUUGUCAUUUUGUGGAGGGAAAGGAAAAUUGGACAGAAUUGUUUGAUUUUAUUUAACUAGGCAAGCCUGUUAAGAACAAACUCUUAUUUACAAUGAUGGCCAAAGCUGGGCCAAUUCUGCACCGCCCUAUGGGACUCUCAAUCACAGCCGGAUGUGAUACAGCCUGGUUUCAAACCAUUGACUGUAGUGGAUGCUCUUUGCACUGAGAUGCAGUGCCUUAGACUGCUGCGCCACUCAGGAGCCCAAUGAAGUCCAUUUGGGUGUAUCGCUUGUUCUGAAAAAUCGAUUACAUUUUUCACCACAAGUUCAUGUGUGAACCAUCUUUCUCUCUUUUACGGAUUGUGUGAGUUAGCUGCGUACUGACUCAUCCACACAGUAUGACCAAGUUCUUUGUCGGGCACUAGGUGGCCAUUUGUAAACUGGUCGGAGCUAUUGAGGUGUUUGAAAUGACUACAACAAAAACAGUCCAUAUUCUGGCAAUGGGAUUGUUUUUCAUUUUAUUUUCACACAAUACUUACAAAUAUAUAAAUCAAGUGGAAGAACUGAGAUUAUCUGAUUUAUAAUGUAAUUGGGGGAAAAAAACCUUCAUUUUAUCCACACUUUUAUACAGCUGCCACAUGACUUGAAACCGAUCCAAUAAAACUAACAAUUUUAUACUUAAA